AUGGCUUUGGCAAAUAGUCUCAAUCUUCAUCAUGGCCUAUUACCUACCCCAUCAAGUACUCCUAGUGGGAAAGGAGCUGAUCUUAUGGUCCUAAAAGUUGCAUCUGUGCUUUCCACUUCUUACUCUGACAACGACUUUCGCGAUGCCAUUCUCUUAGCCGAUCAGCGGUUCGUUGGGAGCAGUGCGAAGACUAGGCGCCUCCUUCGCCUAGAUCUCCUGGGAGAAGCAAUUAGCUGCAAUGGCGAAAUUGUUAAAGAAAUGGGCGCGGUUGCAGAGCGACUGAAACUCGUCCGAGGAGUAGUUGAAAGGUUGAACUCUCGGAUUGAAGAUAUAAAACGCCAGAUCGAUUUGGCUCAUGACCGAACCGCGCCAGCAUUGCAAGGCAUGUCAUCUCUUUUCGAGCAGCGAAUGGAAAUAGAGAGGAAACAAGAGACUUUAAGUGCCGUUGAAAGUUAUUUUGUCAUGACAGAAGACGAAAUUGACUCCCUUACUUCAACUAUGAAACCAGUUGAUAGUGCGUUUUUCACUAACCUGCAAAAGGCGAAGAAGAUCACUCUUGGGUGUGACAUACUGCUCGGAUUUGAAAACCAGACCCUCGGCUUGGAGUUGAUCGAUCGGACGUCUGUGCAUGUAAAUAUGGCCUUCCAAAAGCUUUACAAGUGGGUUCAACAAGAAUUCAGGACGCUGAAUUUAGAAAAUCCCAAUGUGAAUCCUUCCAUGAGACAAGCUUUACGGGUUCUUGCAGAAAGGCCUUCUCUCUUCCAGAAUUGUCUAGACUUUUUUGCGGCAUCCAGAGAACGAUUUUUGUCUGAAGCCUUUCACAGUGCGCUUACCGGCAUUACAUCACAAGGUACCGAAGAUGCUACGACUAGGCCCAUUGAUUUAACAGCACAUGAUCCUCUGCGCUAUGUCGGCGAUAUGUUUGCUUGGGUUCACUCUGCCACGGUGGGUGAGCGAGAAGCCCUUGAAACGCUUUUUGCUGUCGACAAAGAUGACGUAUUCCAUACAUCGACAUCAAGUCCAAACGCAACCCUGUGGAAUCUACCAGCGGAUGAGGCUUCCGAAGGCACUGAUUUCAAGGUCCUUGAAGCUCUUAGCCACCUAAUGGACCGUAAUUUCUCACCCGUUGUUCGAAUAUUACGCCAGCGGGUGGAGCAGGCAAUACAAUCGAAUGAAGAUGUCAUUCCUGCCUACAAGAUAUCUACGCUUCUGAACUUCUACCGGGCUACAUUUGAAAAACUCCUGGGUGCAGGAUCCGGCUUAGAAGAUUGUACAGGAGGUCUUGAGAAAGUAGCCAAGCGACAGUUUCGAUCCCUUGUCAGGGAUAACAUUUUAUCCAUCCAAGGGGAAUUCCAGCAAGUUCCUUCGAACCUAGAGCCCCCACGAUUCCUUCAGGACGCCUUUAAACAGCUUGGUACCAUCCUUCAGACGUACGAAUCCUCUUUGUCUAUGUCUGCAGAUUCUGGUAGCGAGGUUCAGAGUAUAUUGUCACAAGCUUUUGAUCCGUUUAUGUCUGGCUGUGAGGAGAUAGCGAAGCCUAUGGCAUAUCCCGAGGGUGGAAUAUUCCUCGUCAAUUGCAAACUCGCGGCAACUCUUUGCCUUGGCACCUUUGAAAGCACUGUUUCCCGAGCAAGUAUGAUUCGAGAAGAUAUUUCAAGGGAUGUCCAGAACUUGGUUGAUAACCAACACAGUGCAUUUCGCCAGAAAUCGGGGUUGGAUGCCCUGCUGAACUACCUAGAGAAUGGUAAACUUGCUGAGAUAAAUCAAGCUUCUGUUAUUCAAGCAAGCCAGGAGCUAGACGAUUUUCUUCCUUCCGCAUUGAUGGAUGCAAUGGACAGGUUGAAGGGGCUACAAGAUUCAGAAAUAGCUCGUGAUAUUAUAGAACAGGCAGCUGAAAAGUUCUGUGCUGAUUUUGAGAGAUUGGAAGAGGCUACUGGAAGCCAGAGCGGCGAUGAAGACGUAUCCAGUCCAUAUGGCGGCUUGAGGUUUUCAAGGACAUCGGCUGAAAUUCGCGUGCUCCUCUCUUGAUACCGCAAAUAUGAUGAACUCAAAAACAAUAUACCUACUACUACUAUAAUAUAUUAAUUACUCUGAAAGCGCAGGUUUCACUCUGUACGAAAUUACAUCAUAGUCUUGAGCAUUAUCAAGGAGUUUUAACAUUUGUGCAACUCCUGUGUUAAGAAUAGCUUCACAUAUGUCCACGUAAUAAACUUGAAUAUCACUAUACCUUACCUCCUGGUUUCCACGCUGGACCGCAAAGACUCAACGCUAGGCCGUACGGAACUACUCGAGCUGCGUCGGCGGCGUACUCUCUGCUCCCACGGCUCAGAGGGAUGCAGUCCCGUAGAUUUGGCAAAUAUGUUGAGAAUAUCUGUUAGCGAGACGACUCCAAUGAGUUUGCCCGACAAAAGAGCGCCAGCCAUCGUAGCCGCCGGAACUGUGACUGCAGGCACAGCAGAUGGAAUCGUUCCUGGAGCCAUCCCGCCUGAUGCAGAAGUCUGUGAUGUGGUCAUUGGUGUCGUAGGCGUUGAUAGAGGCGACGAUUGUGGUCCUGCAUCGACAAUCCACAUUCGAUGCGAUUUUGUUGCCACCAGUUUGGCUACGGUAUGUGCCAAUGUGGAGUAAGGGUUUACGUAGAAAACAGGAUAGACAUCUUGUCCCCUUUCCACCCCUUUUUCGUUAAGAAUGAUGGAAAUGAAGUGCAUACAAGAAUU